AUAAAGUUAUUCCAAAGCACAAGUUGGAUUGAAUUCCUAACAAGAUUCCCAUCUCUCUUGGAACUACACUAUCUAAAUUCAGAGAAUAUCAUCAAUGGAGUUGAAACCGGUCUUCGUGUCUUAGGCUCCAACAAAGCAGGCAUUGUGUUCCACAGCCAGGAACUUAUAGGAGCCUUGCUUUCUUGUUCUUUCUUCUGUUUGUUUCCUGUCGAUGAUAGAAGCUCGAAUAGUCUUCCAAACAUCAAUUUCGACAAACUAUUCGGAAGCCUAAUCAGCACGGGACGAAACGAGCACCAAGAGAACAAGAUUAGGUGCAUAGCUCAUUACUUCCAGAGGAUAUCUUCAUGCAUCCCUCCUGGAUUCGUCUCAUUCGAACGGAAGAUACUCUCUUUAGAACAAGAUCAUUCUGGCCUUGAAGCCUUUCCUGAUGAAGGCUUCUGGAGUACAUCUACUGUCAAUCUCUGCCCUGUUGAGGUUCACACUUGUGGUUUGAUAGAGGAUCAAAGCGUUGAAGCUCUUGAAGUUGACUUCGCCAACAAGUAUUUAGGAGGCGGCGCUCUUCGCAAGGGAUGUGUCCAGGAAGAGAUUCGGUUCAUGAUAAAUCCGGAAUUGAUCGCUGGUAUGCUCUUCUUACCAGCCAUGGAAGUCUCUGAAGCAAUUGAAGUUGUUGGUGCCGAAAGAUUCUCUCACUACACAGGAUAUUCAUCUUCCUUUAGGUUCUCUGGUGAUUACGUAGACACAAAGGAAAGAGAUGUUUUCGGAAGGAGAAAAACAAGAAUCAUCGCCAUAGAUGCUCUGCGUCAUCCAGGAAUCUCCCAGUACAAACCUGAAUGCCUCCUACGGGAGGCUAAUAAGGCUCUCUGUGGGUUCCUCCAUGUGUGCAAGAAGGAUUGCAUAGAUCAUGAAGAUGGUGUUGGUGUUGCUACAGGGAAUUGGGGAUGUGGUGCUUACGGUGGAGAUGCUGAGGUCAAAUCUCUCCUUCAGUGGAUUGCUGUUUCUCAGGCAAGAAGGCCUUUCAUGUCUUAUUACACUUUUGGAUUUGAAGCACUUCAUAACCUAAAUCAGGUAACGGAAUUGGUUAUAUCUAAAGGAUUGAGGGUGGGAGAUGUAUGGAAGAAGCUGGUCGAGUAUUCGAACCAGAGAUUAAGAAGCAGCAAGAAAAGAAGAGAGCCUAAAGUUGGUUUGUUUGAUUGGCUUAUUUCUAGCAAUGCUGCUUAAUAGCAUUGGCCUCCCAACUUUUUUCUAAGCAACAAAAGAUAAAUUUGGUUUUUAGCAGUGUGUACCAUUUGUAUUUUCGAGUGACGUCUUUAUGAAAAUAAAUUGAAGUGAGAAGUAA